AUGCAGACAGUACACUAUGCCCAGCACCAUUAUGCUCCCCCUCCACCUCCUUUCCAUCCCAUGACGGCCUACUCACACUACCCACCAACAUCGAUCCCGGAUCCGAGGCUGCCUCCGCCGAUACCAGUGUCCCAUGUCGGACCCAGUAACAAGCGCCUCGCACCUCCUCAUCCCCAUCCUGGUGAAGCGCCCGCGAAGAAGAAGCAAUCGAAAUGGACCGCGGACGAGGAUCGAUCGAUCAUCGAGCUGAGAGGGAAUGGCAUGAAGUGGGAAGACAUCUCCAAGCACCUGCCUGGUCGCAGUGCCAUCAGUUGUCGACUGCGCUUCCAGAACUACCUCGAACGACGGUCGGAGUGGGACGAGGAGAAGAAGAACAAGCUCGCACGGUUGUAUGAGCGGUAGGUUGCGUUCUGCGUGGGUGUCAUUCGUCCAAUCCGUCGCUGACUCGUCGUGCAGAUUCAAGAAGGACAUGUGGGAGAAGAUCUCGAAGGAGAUGCAGCUGCCAUGGCGGGCAGCGGAAGCGAUGCACUGGCAGAUUGGUGAGGUCGAGAUGGCUCAACGCGCCAACGUGCCUGUCUUCCAUCUCGCCGGCCAGCACGGGCCGGAACGAUCGCAAGAGCCAGAGAGCAGGAGCAGCCUGUCGCCUUGUGCACGCACCGUACAGCCGCCCAGUGCCAUGGCCUACUCACAUACACACAACCACAGCCUUCCUCAGAUCCCGCACAGCAUAUCACACCCCGUGUCGCCUGUGCAGACCAGAUUGCGACGGAGCAGCGAUGACACGUCUCCUCCCGGGCAUGCUGCCCUGCGACGCCGGGCGGACAGCGCGAGAUCGAUGCCCAUCUCCUCCACACCGCACAACAGAACACCACUACCGCCGCUGGUCGACGUGACCGGUCCCCCGGCGGCUCCUCCGCGAUACACGCUUCCGCCAGUCGUGACGGACAGCGGGCGACGAUGA